AUGUUGUACUUUCAGUUGGUGAUCAUGGCUGGGACCGUUAUGCUGGCCUAUUACUUUGAGUACACCGACACCUUCAGCGUGCACGUGCAGGGAUUCUUUUGCUACGACACCACCUACACCAAACCCUACCUUGGACCGGAGGACCACAGCGCCAUCCCUCCCAUCCUGCUGUACGCCGUAGUCGCCGUGCUGCCAACGCUGCUGAUCACAGUCACGGAGACGGUGCUGUUCCUGGUCCAGUAUACGUCUAAAGAGUUUGACAAUUCAGAGAAGACCGUGGCCACGGGAGACUGCUGCUAUCUCAACCCGCUGGUGCGCAGGACCUUUCGUUUCCUCGGAGUUUACACUUUUGGACUCUUCACCGUUGACAUCUUUGUCAACGCCGGCCAGGUGGUGACGGGAAAUCUGGCCCCCUAUUUCAUGACCAUCUGCAAACCCAACUACACAGCGCUGGGUUGCCAUCAGGCGCUCCGAUACAUCAGCCAGCAGGAGGCCUGCACGGGAAACCAGAACGACAUCCUGCACGCCCGCAAGACCUUCCCGUCCAAGGAGGCUGCUCUCAGCAUAUAUGCUGCACUCUACCUGGCUAUGUACGUGACGUGCACAGUCCAGGUGAAAGGGAGUCGUCUUGCCAAGCCGGUGCUGUCCCUGGCGCUCGUGUGUCUGGCCUUCCUCACGGGACUCAACCGCAUCGCGGAAUACCGCAACCACUGGUCGGACGUCAUUGCCGGUUUCAUGAUCGGCACGGCCAUUGCCACCUUCUUGGUGGUGUGCGUGGUCCAUUUUUUUAAAGGGAAGUUGCUUUUGAAUGACGACACCCCGAUGGAACUGCACAUGAACGCGACAAUGCUGGGCAUGGGCCAAGUAGAAAGCACUCUGAAGAAGUACAUCGCCUCACAGAAUCACAUCGCUUUUGCUGAGGUCACAUGACACGGAGUCAGCGGCGAAGCAGAUGCACAGGACGUCCCCGUUUCUCACAAUCCUGUCCAGUUCGCCCAAGUGCAGCUCUAAUCCUGUUCUCCUCUACGUCUGUGUUUUGUAAAAUUUUAUUUAUCUAUUUUUUUUUAAAUCAGUCCAUUAUUAUGUCCAGCUUUAAUCGAAUGAAGAAAAUGGACAUUUAACUGAGCGGCGAGGUCUUAAUCUAUGCAUUAAAAACUGUAAAACUGUAUACGUCGAUAACAGACCCUCACAUCCUGAGCGUAGGUGGGUGAAAUAUAUUCUCGAGACGGAAUUGAAUUGCCAGUGGGUACUUAUGCGUCAUCGAUGUACGAGGCGGUUUACCUUCUUUCCAUGGCAACAUUGCAAUCGUCAU